AUGCGGCUAAGUAAUCGCGUUGCCAUAGUCACUGGCUCAUCCCAGGGAAUCGGUAGAGAGAUCUGUCAUCAAUUUUCCAUUGAGGGCGCAUUGCUUGUAUGCGCUGAUCUCAAGCCAAUUGGAAAGGGCGAAACUACUUCUACGCAUGAAUGGAUUGUCAGCGAAGGCGGGCAAGCCAUCUUUGUCGAGACCGAUGUCAGUGUAGCUUCCAGCUGGGAAGCACUCAUAGCAAAAGCUGUCAAGGCAUAUGGGAGGCUUGAUAUUGUGGUGAACAACGCAGGCAUUUGCGCUGAGGCUAGCAACCCAUUACCCAUCGACCAAGUCGACGAAGACAUGUUCGACGCUCACAUGCGUAUCAACACACGAGGCGUUUUUCUCGGUUGCAAGUAUGCCGUUCGACAAUUCAAGAUACAAGAGCCGCGAUCCAACGGUAUGCGCGGCUGGAUUGUGAACCUCGCUUCCAUGGUCUCCAAUAUCGGGAUGCAGGGACUUACUGGGUACACAGCGUCUAAGGGUGCCGUUGCAGCUAUGACGAGAACCAUUGCACUGGAUGUCGCGAAAGGAGGCAUUGUAGCCAAUUGCAUCGCUCCUGGAUUUUCUCAAACCGCCAUGCUUGACGAUGCGCUUGGUGGGGCCUUGUCCGCUGCAGCGGACGCCGUCAAGGCCUCCAUUCCUCGCGGCAGCUUUGGGCACCCCAAUGAUCAUGCAAGGGCUGCGGUAUAUCUUGCUAGCGAUGAUGCGCAAUGGGUUACGGGGCAGGUAUUGAAUGUGGAUGGUGGCUUGACUGCGCAGUGA